AUGGAGAGCCGCCUGCACUUGGCGGCGGAGGCGGCCGCCGUGCCCCGGCUGCACAUCACCGUGGACCAGCACGACCUGCAGGCGGGGUCCAUGCGGCUGAUCAGGGAAAUGAGGCCGCACUGGGACCCCGCCCAGGUUAAACUGAAGGUGUUCACAGAUGGUAUUACAAACAAACUUGUCGGUUGUUAUAUUAACGAUUCUUUAGAAGAUGUUGUCUUGGUGAGGAUAUAUGGCAACAAGACAGAAUUGUUUGUUGACCGUGAAAAUGAACUGAAGAGCUUUCGUGUCUUGUAUGCUCAUGGUUGUGCACCUCAGCUGUAUUGCACCUUCCAGAAUGGACUCUGCUAUAAAUUUGUGGAAGGCACUGCACUGGAUCCAGAACAUAUCAGGGACCCAUCUGUUUACAGGCUUAUAACCAGGCAGCUAGCAAAGAUUCAUGCCAUUCAUGCUCAUAAUGGUUGGAUUCCUAAGCCAAAUCUGUGGUUGAAACUGGAAAAAUAUUUCACCAUUGUUUACACAGAAUUAGCAAACGAAAGCUUCCACACAAGAUUUUCAGUUGAAGUAUCUGGUCAUCAGGAACUUAAACAAGAAUUGUCCUGGAUGAAGAAACAGCUGUCAAAUCUUGGCUCACCAGUAGUGCUCUGCCACAAUGAUUUGUUGUGUAAAAAUAUUAUCUACAAUGAAAAAGAAGGUCAAGUGAAGUUUAUUGAUUAUGAAUAUGCAGAAUACAACUACCAGGCAUAUGACAUCGGGAACCAUUUCAAUGAAUUUGCAGGUAUAAAUGAAGUUGAUUACAGUUUGUAUCCAGACAAAGGUAUACAGUUAAAAUGGCUGAAAUCCUAUCUUGAAGCUUAUAAAGAAUAUAAAGGACUCAGUGCAGAAAUAACAGAGAAGGAUGUAGAAGAACUUUACAUUCAAGUUAACCUAUUUGCACUGGCUUCCCAUUUUUUCUGGGGACUUUGGGCAUUGAUCCAAACAAAAUAUUCAACAAUUGAUUUUGACUUUUUUGGAUAUGCAGUUGUACGAUUCCAUCAGUAUUUUAAAAUGAAGCCUGAAGUUAUGAACCUGAAGCUGCCUGAAUGACACACAAAUUCAUCCAUUCCUACUGAAAGAACUUAAACAGGUUGAAUGAGUCGGGUGUUUAGUGGAAUACUUUAGGAAUACUAAAAGUUCAAUGGUUUCUAGAAUACCAUGUUACUGUGUUUAAACUAAAUAGAAACUCAAUCAGAAAUGAUGCUUAUGGUACAGUUUUAAGGGUUUGGUAUUAAAUUUGCCAUCCAACUAGGGUGAAAAGGUUUUUUUAUACUAUUUUAGCAAAAACUGCAAUUGCAUUGCAACUAAAAAUUAUAGUUAUGCCUUAGUAAAUGCCCCUCCUCUAUACAUUUGCUACUAAUUGUGUUGAGGUAAAAUCUAAAAUAAGCAAUGUUAUACAUAUGCAGAAGAUAGUCUGUUUUGUAAAACCCUUGCCUGUGGGCUGGGCUUUAGCCUUGCUUUCCAAAGGUGGCCUCAGCAUUGUGAGAUUUAAUAUAAAUAAGAGAAAUGAAGAACAGUAAUAUAUGUACCUCUGUGACAGGAAAAGUAUUUUCUCUGAGGAAAUAUCAGCUUCCACAGGAACCAGAGUUUUGUCAGAAUGGCCCAGUUGGUACAUAAUUGCUCUAGUCACUCACGGGUGCUUAUAAUGUUCCAGAGGCUACUUUGAUUCUUGCAUUUCCCUUGCCCAUCUAACAUGUUGAUCUAAUUUGGCUCCCAGUUCUGACCACCAAAAGAAAACCCAAAUUCCCAGAAUUGUUUCUGUACAUUUUUUUGGUGUCCUUUUCAUCUUCUGCUUCUAUUAACUCGACUGCUAGACCCACUGUCUAGAAUUCUCCCUCAAGCUUCCUUCACCCUUUAUUGCAAAGACUCUUCCUCUUUUUAAUGCCCUUUGACAAAACUUCCACUUUAAUAUUGUGCAAGUUGAAAAUUCUAGGAAAAAAUGUUCCAGUGGGAGACGAUGUGAUGCUUUGAUUUCAACGGUGUCUAUAGGGAUUUGAAAUUAUGUGCAGACAGCUGGGAGAAACUAACCUGAUGUUCAUUUAUGAAUAGAGUCUGAACCAAUUCAGGCCCUUUAUCCCAUCCUAAAUGAUCUUGGUUAUCAUCAUAUUAUGUGGUUCCUGGUAGUUUUGAGCCUUUAAUUUGUCAUGCUCUUAAAUAGUCAUUUCAGGUCUUUACAAUAUAUCCACCAGAUCUUGUGUAGUGUUGAGAUUUGGAUAUAAACUACUUCAAUCGAUGCUUUAGCUGGAAGGUUAAGUGAAUGACCACACAAAUCCUAAUUAAUUCAAAUUACUCUGGAGCUGGAUGUAGCUGGAAUUUCUUUGGAGAUUUCCCAUUGUAACUUUGGCUAAUGUUGUGCACAAAUGGCGUGAACAGUGUUCUACUGCAUUCAGAAAGAGUUUCUGCCAAAAUAACAAUAACAUCUCUGGAAAAAUUGCACAGGCAUUCCAUCCACCAUCUAAAGCUUUUAGUUAAAAAUUGCUUCAGUGGCAUAAUUACAUUAUUAACUCUUCAUAAAAUCCUUUCUGUUGCCAUUAACAUGGGAUAUUGUUGCCUUUUGAAUUUACUUAACGAUCUCAUCAGUCUCCUUACCCCUCCCCUUAUCUUCCUGUAAUCCUACAAUUUGCUCUCCCUCACAUGCCCAUCCAUUCCCCUUCGAUUCUUUUUGCUGUUACCCUAUGCCAAGGGGAAAUUUAUAACAGCCAUUCAACCUAGCAGCGAGUCUUUGGGAGAAAAGUAGCGAACUCAGAGGAAACCCAUCUGGUCACAGGAAGAACAUGAGCACAGAAUCUGCACUGGAGGUUAGGAUCAAACCUGGGUCACUGGAUCUGUGAGGCAGCAGCACUACUUGCAGCCCUGAGGAUUCUGACAUACCUGCCCAGUUUAGACUAAAGAUGUUGGAUAAAGGAUUAUAAAACUAUCCCUGGGAAGAACAGGUUGAUGGAUAUUCAAAUAAAAGCCUAUUGCAAGCACCGAGUUCUUCCUGUAGGUUUAAUUUGAAGAGCAAUGUGCUUUCACAUGUGUUGGUUGCUCAAGCGGGUUUUAAUAUUAUAGUCAAGGACAUUGUUCUGGGGGCAGGAAAAUUGUGGAAGUAAAAUAUGGUUUACAACAUACCAGGAAGAAUCCUAUGUAAUAGAAGUGGAAUUUAGCUUAUUCAAUAAUAAACCAGUAUCCCUAACUGCAAAACUGUAUUUUUAAAAUCAUCUGAAUCUAAUUUAAGAAUCAGAUUUUGCUCCUUCAGUCGUUGAAUCAUUGACUCUGGUCACGCUUAAUCCGUAGCCUUUUUUACCACUGACGUUGAUAUCAUGAGAUAGAAGUUAUGGUGCCUGUCAAUAACUUUAAAGUAUUUUGCUCGCUUUUUCUAAUCAUAGUUUGAAAUCUUAAUAACAAGCUUUGUGUUGUGUAAUUAUACUCCAAACUACAGGCAGACUUAAAUGAGGACUGGAAUGGGAUAUUUUGCAUAAUAAGUGAUUGGUGGAAGAUCAUUCAGAGAUUUGAACAUAAAAGUCCUGAAGUACUUGCAACUUCCAGAUGAGUCUUUCCCCUCUUUGUACCAGCUAGUUGAAUCUAAAGAUGUGGAGAUCAAAGCAGGUGGAACGCUAUACUAAUUUAGUAAUCUGAAUAUUGUACAGGUAUAAUAAGAUCCUAUUAGUGUUUUGCGAUAUUAUAAAGCUGGAGUUAUUUCAAAGCCAAUGGUCUCCAAAGUAGAUUUCAGUUAUAAAUUUAAGAUAACUAGAAGUACUAACCUCAUUCAUAUAGCAAUGGAUGAAAACAGUGUAACAUUGAUUGUAACAAAGGGAUAGUCAGUUAUAUUGCAAUGUUGUAUGAAACAAGAUCAGCUUCUGUCAGAAAACAUAUAGUGGAGUCUCUGAUGUAAGUGUGAUGGUAAUAAACAUAUUUAAAUGGUUCUGCAAUACUUGAACAAAUCUCCAGAUUUUAUAUUUUGUAAAUGGCUGAAUUGUGAAGCAUUUAAAUUAAUAGCUCAAAGCUGGGUACUGCUUGCUUUUACAUUUAACAAUUCACUUACUAUUAAGAUGGCCUUUUUCUGUACGUAAAAUUAUUUCACUUCUAUAACAUGAAUGUGAAAUCUAUUAAUUGUGUUGAUAGCUUAAUGGCCCCUGAGAAAGGGAACUUGUUUUGAACAAGCCAGUAUCCAAUAGGAUAGAUGUAUACUGUUUGCACCUCAGUUAUAGAGAUGUUAAGUAUCUCACCUUAAGUGUAUUUAUCUUGUAAAUAAACUAUCUUGAGCUAAGCUGCAAGAUCUAUGUAUUCAGCUAACCAUAUGCUGAGACCUAACUAUGUACAGAAUAUAAAAUUAUCCUCCAUAUUGUACAAAGAACGUUGCAUGUAUUUUUGUCCAAUGAUGAUAUUUAGCUGGUUUUUCAAAGUUAAUACAAGCUUACAAACUCCCACAUUGUCUCAACUAUAUUUCCUCCAACCCUGCUUCCAUUCCAUUCUCCCUGUUCCUCCAUCUCUGUUGCAUUUGCUCCGAUGGUGAAACUUUCCACCAAGGUGCCUCUGAGAUCUCUGUCUGCCUUCCUGAACGAUGGCUUCCCCUCCGUCAUACUUGACAGAGCCCUUGAACACAUCUCAUCUAUUAACCACACUUCCCUUCACCUCCUGGACAGGGCAAGAACAGAGUUCCCUUGGUGCUCACUUUCUGUUCCACCAAUCUCCACAUCUUUCAACAAGAUCCCACUGACAAACACAUCUUCCACUUGAAUUCCCUUUCAACAUUUCAAAGGAACCAUUCCCUCCCUGGUCUGCUCUUCUGUUCCCUCCCCCAACCACUCCCCUCUUGCAGCAACACAAAGCACUGGAGGAACUUGGCAGGUCAGGCGGCAUGUAUGAGGGAAAUGGACAGUUGACAUCUCGACCCGAAGUGUCGCCUGUGCAUUUCCCUCCAUAGAUGCUGUCUGACCUGCUGAGUUCCUCCAGCUCUUUGUGUGUUGCUCCAGAUUCCAGCAGCUGCAGUCUCUGGUGUCCCACUCUUGCAGCAUUUUCCCAAGCAAUUGCAGGAGAUGUCAUGCCUGUCCUUUUUAGCUCUUUCCACCGUCCAAGGGCCCAAACAGUCCUUCCAAGUGAAGCAGCGAGUCACAUGCACUUCUAAUCUAGCAUAUUACAUUCAGUGUUCACUAGGUUAUCACUUCUACUUAGGAGAAACUAAACAGACUGGAUGACAACAAUACAGACUACCUGCAUUCAGUCCACAGGUGCGAUGCUGAGCUUUCUAGUUGUCCUCUGCUUUAAUUCUCCAUUCCACUUCCUCUGGCCUCCUGCACUCUUACGUUGUUGUCUAGUGUAAGCUUGAGGUAUAGCACAUCUCCCAUUUGUGCACCUUGCAGCCUCUAUCAACUUUAGGUAACUCGCUUUCUCUGUGUCAGAACUGGCUAUUUCUGCUGUAAAUCAUCCAUCAGUGACAACUGGCUUAGUUUUUCUCUCUUCAUUAGCACAGCCUGACCUGCUGGGCAUGUCCUGCAGCCCUGCAAUCCCCAUUUGUUCACAUUUCUAUUCUCACUCUGACUGCCCUCAAUUCAUAGCUUUUCCAUCACAGAGGUUUACAGCACAGAAACUGGCCCUUCAGCCCACCAUCUCCAUGCUGAUUAUCAAUUACCCAUCUACACUCACCCCAUUUACCAGCACUUGGCCCACAGCCUUCUGUACCUUGGUGAUUCGGGUGCUCAUUUAGAUAUUAAAUGUUGUGAGAGAAUCUGCUUCCACCACCCCCUCAGGCAGUCUGUCCCAGAUUCCAAUCACCCUCUGGAUGGAAAAAAAAAUCCUAAGAUCCUGUCUAAACCUUUUUUCAACACCACUGUUACGGAGAAAAGUUUCUUACAAUCUACCCUAUUUAUGUUCCUUAUAAUUUUGUAUAACUCAAUCCAGUUCCUUCAGCCUUCUCCACUCCAAGGAAAACAAACCCAGUCUCUCCUCGUAACUGAAACAUUCCAUCCCAGGCAGCAUCCUGUUCAAUCUCCCCUGCACCCUCUCUAAUGCAAUCAUCUACUUCCUAUACUCUGGUGACCAAAAUUGUACACACUACUCCAACUUUGACAUAACUUAUGUUUUUUAAAGCUUUACCAUUACAUGCCUGCUCUCAUAUUCUAUGCCUUGACUAAUGAAGCCUUGUGUCCUGUAUGUCUUCACCACUGUAUCUACCUGUGCUGCCACCUUCACAGAUCCUUGGACUAGUAUACCAAGGUCUUUCUGUUCCCUGUUACUCUUGAGGGUCCUACCAUUUAUUGUUAUGACCUAAUUAUUCCUUACAAAAUGCAUCACUUCACACUUAGCAGCAUUAAAUUCCAUCUGCCAUUGUUCUGCCCAUUUUACCAACCGAUGGGUAUCUUCCUGUAAUGGAAGACAAUCCUUACUACCAACCUCAGCAAUGUUGUCACAAGCUUACUGGUCAUAUUUCCUACAUUUAUAUCUGAAUUGUAAUGUAUGUGACAAACAGGCUCAGCACUGCUUCCUGUGGUACACUUCUGGUCACAGGCUUCCAACCACAAAAAAAAUCAACUCUCCACCAUCACCCUCUGUCUCCUAACACCAAGCCAAGUUUGGAUCCAAUUUGCCAACUUUUUUGGAUCCCUUUUGAAUGAAUCUCCCAUGUGGGACCUUGUUGAAGCCCUGCUGAAGUCUAUGUAGACUACAACAACUGCACUGUUUUCAUCAAUGCAUUUUGUUAACUCUGGAAAAAUUCAAUCAAAUUGGUCAGACAAGAUCUCCCACUAACAAAGCCAUGCUGACUAGCUUCAAUUAACCCCUGUUCCCCACGUGUGGAUUAAUCAUGUCCCUCAAGACUUUUUCUUCCAACAACUUCCUUAGAUUGACAGUCCUGUAGUUACCAGGCUUAUCCUUGAAUAGAGGUGCCUCAUUUGCCACCCUCCUGGUACCUCACCUGUGGCCAGAGAAGAUUUAUAAAUCUCUGUCCAGAUCCUAGCAAUUUCCUCCCUUGCCUCCCAUAGCAGCCUGAAUAAAUCUCAAACAGCCCAGGGGACAUCCACCUUUAAGCCUACUAAUACAUCCUCUUUAAUGCUAACAUGUUCUACAAUUUCACCACACCAUUCCCUGAAUUCUCCAGCUACAGUGAUCUUCUCCUUAAAUGAAUACAUCUUAUCUGUAUUUACUAAGACCUUACCAAUGUCCUUUGGCUCCACAUACAUAUUGCCACUUUGGGCCCUACUUUUUCCCAUGGUUAUCUUCUUGCCCUAAAUAUACUAAUAAAAUGUCUUGGGAUUUUCCUUGAUCCUGCUCCCUAGUGAUAUUUCCUUCUGUCCUCCUGUUCUAUUUUUUUAAGCAUUCACUGCACUUCCUAUACUGCUGAAGAACCCUGCCUGUUUUCAGUUUUCGAUACUAAACUAUGUAAUAUGCUUGCAGGUUUUUUUUCUUUAUCCUGCCCUCUUAUCCCUUGACAUCCAGGGUUCCCUGGACUUGCUGUCAUUGCAGCCUAACAGGACCACACUUGCCCUGAACUCUCCCUGUUUCACAUUUAAAUGCUUCUCACUUGUCAGUUGUAGACCUACUUGUAAGUAGCUGCUGCCAGUCUACCUUUGUUAGGUCUUUCAAUCUUCCCCCAACCCAGGACCUUAGUGUAUAGACCAUCCAUAUUCCUUUCCAUAACUAACUUUGUAAUGUAGAGUUAUGGUCAUUAUUUCCAAAAUGCUCUCCCACUACCACUAGAUUAGAUCCGGUAAUGCCCCUGUGGUCGGUCUGCACACUGGCUCAAAAACCUCCCCUAGUCAGAAUUUUUUUAGUCCAUCCUUCAGCCUUUUGCACUAAAGUGGUCGCAAUUAAUUUUGGGGAAAUUGAAAUCACCUGCUACCAUAAUCUUGUUACUCUUGUAUCUCUCUGUGACUUCUCUGCAAACCUGCUCCUCUUUGUCAUGCUGACUGUCAAGAGGCAUGUAUUAUACCCCCAACACAGUGAUUGCCCCUUUUUGUUUCUAAGCUCUACCCUCAUUUGAAGAGCCUUCUAGGAUACUAUUCUCCCUGUGACUGGGCGGGUUUCCUCUGGGUGUUCCAGUUUUCUCCCACAACCCCAAAGACAUGCAGGUUGGUAGAUUAAUUAGCCACUGUAAAUUGCCUCUAGUGUGGGUGAGUGAUAGAAUCUGGGAAUGGGGGGGGCAGUAGUGGAAAUGGGGCUGGAUGGUCAGCAUAGAUUCAAUAGGCUGAAGGGCCUAUUUCUGUGCUGUAUGACUCUAUAUAUUCCAUUACUGCAGGGAUGGACGGCCCAAGUUCCAUUUUUUUCUCUCUACCUGCCCCAUUAACUCAUCGACUCUACAACGUAUCCCGAUGGCAAUCUCAGCCUCGCCCUAUCGGAGGUGUUUCCUUCGUAUUCAUCUUCCCACCUUCUCUGUGACUUAAAACAUCAACUUUUUCUCUUUCCGAGUUUUGACAAAGGGUCUUCGAUCUGAAACGUUAACUGUUUCCUGACCUAAGUGCUUCCAGCAUUUUCUGUUUUAGAUUUCCAGCAUCUUGAUCUCCAUUUAUCGUUGAAACAAGAUGUAUAACAGUAUAAUUCUGUAUGUUUGCAAAAAUGUAUGAACCUGUUAGGGUGGUUAGGACAUUAUACAUAGUUGGUAUGGAUGGGUAGAUAACUAUUGGAUUGUAUUAGUUAGAAAAGAUUAUUAAGAAACUGUGACAAAGAAUAAACUCUGAAAUAAACAUAGAUCCACAAUUUCUUUACAAAAUGUUAUUACAUAGAACUUUAAAAUUGAAAUAUUCUCAUGUUUGAAAAGUUUGACUUGCAUUCAAAUCAGUUUUUCAAUUUGGUUGUCGCUUUUCACAAAUCAAAUUUAACAUAUUCUUUUGUCCAUGAAUGUGUACAAUUAUAGAAGUGUAAGAAUUGUAUGUUUUAUUGUAAAGUUUAUCUCAAAUUGCAGAAGUUCAGUUUUGACCAAGUUUGAUGCUACUAAAUAAAACUAUGAUUGUUCCAUGUACAUUUGAUGGUCAGUAAAGACUUUAAGAUUAGUGUGAAGAUUAAUCUGGUGUAUUCUCACCUCCUGUUUGAAGCAUCUGUUCUUUUCCUGUGAGUAGCACAAACCAUGGAAAAUUCUGUUUGUUAUGAAAAGCUCCAAUAUUAAUUUGGACUGUUUGGAAAUACUUUGCUCAUUUGAUUGGAAUCUGUAUGUAAUAAA